CGGCUGCAUGGGAGGGGCACGCACAAGGAGCACCUACAACCGGGGACUGCGCGACUCAGGAACGUGGUCCUGGAGAACUGGAUGUCGACGCCGCAGGGUCGAGUAAUUCAGAGCAGGCAGACAUGAAAAGCGCGACAACAUCCGGGCCACUAGUCCUCACAUCCCAGCCGCGGGAAGAUUCGCGCAUGGAAAGUAAAUCUUCCUCGUCCCUCGAUGGUGCGACAUCUGAAGAAACAGCGGUGGCGUCUCCCGUUGAACAAAUUGAAAGUCGCGCUUUUCCCUCGUUACUCUACCGCUCUGCGAGUGCGGGGGACAUCAUGAAGGUACUCGAAACCUAAGUUUAUUUAUCUGCGACUGUGUUACGCAAGAAGAUCAAGGUCCAGCCAAGUCGUUCGGUGCUCCGAAUUCCUUGAGUCGAGUCGUUUGGUUCUUCUCUCUUGGUCUGUUGGUUCUCCGCUUGCGUUCGUUUUUCUCUCUCUGGCUGGUCGCCUCUCGUUGAAUGGUGGAAGUCAGUGCUGUGAUUGUCGUGGGGAUCAGGCUCAAGGCUCUGAAUACGAUGGCGACUACGAUCAUAGCGACCGGGGAUCCGUUUGAAGCACGGCAGACACUUGGCAGGAGAUGCCUUUUCUCCUUUGGGUAUCUCGAUGCGAUCAGGAUAUGAGAGGACAAACCCGCGGAAAGAGCUCACACCAAGACGCGCGGGGAAGCCUGGCGCGAGUUCUUAGCGUGUGCCAGGCCCGGCAAUAGUGCCCCACCGCUAUGGCGGUACCUCGCUUGCGAAGAGAGACGGCCGCACGUCGCACCUGAGGCAGGCGGCCGCCUCUUCCCUCCGCCGACCGGAUAACCAUAACGCCGGGCCCACCUCGAACCGCUCCGCGGCCACGCUCCCCGGAGGGUUACCGGGUGACAAUCUCUGACGGUGCCAAAACAGGGCGCCGCGCCGACGCGAAGGCGGAACAGUACGCGCAUAAAGCUGGUAAGGGCCGCGAGCUUCUCCCCGCCGGCUCCGUCGGGCCGUGGGCGAAAAUGCCAAGAAGGGCCAGCGCGCCAGCCAUGUCCCAGAGCGCCACACCAGCAAGGGAUAAAAGCGGAAGCAUGCAAGGGCGGCAAGGGGAAAGGCAACGCGUGGAACCCACCGGGGGGCGAACGACUUGCGCCGGGGCUGAUGUUGCGGGGGUGUCUGACUCCGUGCCACGUGCAAGGUGAGCGUGCGGAGGGCGCCGCAAACAGCACCGGGGGCCUUGUUGUGUUAUUGCCGCGGACGCUCCCUCUUAUGGUUACGGGCCCCAAGAUGGCGACGCCUGACUCCCUUGCUUCUGCCCAUUGCCUGGCAUGCCGCAAGCAAGGCGAGCGCCUGUCGUUCGCCUUAUCUAUGUGUCGCACGCAUCCCCGUCGGGUGAGAGUGAGAGCCAAGGGAUGAGCCCCGCGGCCGCCGGGUGGGAGUGGUCGCUUUUACGCCGAUGAUGGGGCCAGCCUGCUGAGGGGAGACCAUCGCUCGACUUUACCAAUGCGUGCCACUCUAUUGUAAUUGCCGGCAACUGACUUCAAAAUAUAUGACAAGACACAGGCUGUUUAAUGUAACGCCUCCACCAGCAUCACUCGGUAUGUAGUUAGACGAAUUGUGUAGACCUACUGCGAAAGUUGUUCUUGUCAUCUUGUGCAGCGUAGCACCCUGAUGUGAGAUUAUGAUGGCCUUGACAGCCUUCGAUACCGGUAAGGCAGUCGCUGCCACGACAGUCGUUAGACAAUAUAUUCCGACAACGGCCUUCACUGAAAAUUCUGCCGGAUUCGAAUCCCGCCGAGAGCUUGGUCAACCGAAAAAACAGAAGAGGAUCUCUGCAGCGAGGACGGAAAAGCAUUAUCAACUUAGGUACUCCAUUUUCAAUGUUUACGCACCUCCUCCACUAACACUUCAAUUUCACAAUAAAUUGUUUCGACGAGAUUAGUAGAUUCUCAACAAGUAUUACGACCGCAGUUGAGUGCGAUCUUUGUUUGUGCUACAGUGAGGAAGGAAAAAAAAGAGUAGCUUCUUAGCUGUGUCAGAUGUAAAGGAUGAAAUGAUGAAUUUGUAGGUGCGGUGGUUGAGUUUUCGCGAUUUUCUUUCGAGCAGCUGGAGAUCCGGGAUACUGACGACGAGUCCGUGUUUGGGCAGAACAACAGUACAAAUACCAUCGUCGGAAAAGUACCAAUCGGGCAAAGAUUUUACUUCCGCGCCUCGGACGCCACUGUGGACUGGCUGCGUCGGGUGUCGAACGUUCUCUUUGUUUGGAACUGCUUUUUCACAACCUUUUAUGUCAUGUUUUACCCGCUCCUUGUUGCAUCAGAUGGAGUGGCGGACACGAGCACCUACCCGCGCCGGGCGCUCGUCUGGGAUCAUCACUACUCAUCAUCUUCAUUAGCAAAUAAUGGGAGACUACGAGAAGAAAGGGAACUCGCAGACUCGGGAGAAACGAGCUCUACAACCAAUCAUGUUGUUCUACAAGACAAUUGGCUAGCAGAGCGGUCAAGAAGAGAUGCAGUGAGCAAUGCAUCGAAAAGUCCUUCUUCUAGAAAAGGUUUGAAGCGAGACGUGGGUGUUUUUCCAUCGUCGACUGCCCAAAGUCUAUCCCCUCCAAGAAGAAAUCUUCUCGCGGGUGCAGGAGCGUCGUCAAGGAAUCUCACAUUCUCCCACUCUCGUGCCCGCGAAGUUGUCGGGUCUCCGGCGACUCGAUCCAGCACUGAAAUACACGACCACUACCAGACAGAUGUCGAGGUCUCCAAAAUAAAUCUAGGACAGAGUGCAACAGGAGCAAAACAGCAUGAGACCACUAUGUCGAGAAGCGGGGCUGAAGACCUGCCACGUCGAAGACGUAGAUACGCAUCUAACUCUGGAAUUGAUCUUGACGCGCGUUUGCGAUUGCUUUCAUCAAAUUCCGGAUCGUCUUCGACCAGCAAAACAGACGCUGCAGUGGUCACGGUGUGCUUGGUGGAUUUGCUUGUUUUUGAACUUCUUUUCACUUUGAUCCACAUAAUUAUGCCGCUGCGGACGUCGGUGGUGCUGUACCAACAGGGGAAAGAGUACGUGGAAAUGCAGGACAUCAAUUAUGUGACUGGUGAUUUUUAUACGAGCAAGUUGCAAGAAUGUUUGCUGUAGAUCAGAUUACAAUCCGCUGUAACCAAGCUGUGAAAAUUGCGGGGACACGCACAGCUGACUAGAUCAUCAGUCAAAAAGGCGCGAUUUCUUUUUUCUUGCGGUAGUUCUAAUCAGGACGCCUGGUGCUUUCCCAGCAUGAGUACAAGUGGGACAUAUUUUCUAUGAGCAGCAGUUUCAUGUGGCUGUCGCUCGUUGCUGGUGGUGGGUGGGCACCGUUUCGCUUUCUGGGCCUUCUACGACUUUGCCGAUUUGAGUCUGUCAAGAAAUACAUGCGGGAUAAACAGGUACUUUUGAUGUGCAACUAUCGAACUCUUCUACUUCGUCACUUUUCUUUUUGUUCUUUCAGGCCACGAUUUUCGGAAUUCUCCAUUUUGAUUUCACAAGCGUUGAUGAAUAUAUAUUCUACGAGUAGGUUAUUUUUAGUAGCAUCAAUUCCUGGAGGACGGCAGACUUAUUGGAAAGACUUACUCGAAAGAACCCUAAAUCAACCCUAUUAUCCUGCGCAACUGUGUAAGUAAUUCUUAUUCACGACAGUGUAUGCCGGACGGGCGAGUAUUGUCUCCGUGGCGUAGUGGGCUUUUCAGCGCAAUGGAGCUUGCCUUGAUAAAUUUUUUUGCCGUUCACAUCUUCGCAGUGAUUUGGUUUAUGGUUGUUCAUCGUGCGGAUGGCCAAUAUGUAUUCGAGCUCGACACAGAGGAGACCGAUGUGAUUUAUGUCAAUUUUCUAGUUCUUGCUACUUAACCUUCGUAUGCAACAUCAUGACAUCAGGUGGCGGCUGGAUAUAAUCAUCGAACUGACGGAAAAAAUCGUAUCGAUAGCGAUUUCGACAUUUUUUUGCUUCAACAAUUGAAUACUGCCACUUGCUGACGUUCUAGGUUGUAAACUUGCAUUUUGUACUACUCUUUCCUCUACGGAUAAAUUCACUCUGCCCCUUGUUCAUAUUCCGACAUAUUACUUGCUGUCGUUACGAGACGCGGUUCUGCUGUUUUCGGCGUCGCCGCCAGCAAGCAUGACAGCCAGACAAGACAUGCCUCUAGUAGCGACGCAAGUCUUGCUGAAGCCCGUGGGCGCGCUGUGUCAAGCCGUGAUUUUCGCUGAGAUCGUGCUCAUCAAGCAGCGGAUGAAUAUUUUGAAGAGCAAGAUUCUCGAGCAGGUACCUACGGAAUCCCGUAAGUCGUCUACUGUCGGUGACAAAUCAUUUUCUGCGGAAAGAUUACGCCAAUCAUUUAAAUUUUGGAUUAUAUCUUGAUAAUGAUUGCGUUUUCGCGAGAGUAGUCUUAUUUUCCAGGAAUAAUGUUUUUACCGAUGUUGAUACUUCAGCAAACAACGAUCAAUGCUGCGAUGUCCGUGUUGCGAUUGCCCGAGAACUUGCGGCGUAGAAUAACCAUGUAUCACCAAUUUUUGGAGAUUCAGCACGAUGAGCAGGCCUGCAAGCUUUUGUACCACACUUCGUCUCGAGCCUUGGUGUUGGAGGUAAAGAUCUGUCUUUUCGCGCAGUUGAUCGAGAAGGCGCCACUGUUCUACGACCUGAAGCCGCACGGCGUGGGCGAGAUUAUUGAUUCAUUUCAGGAAGAGGUUUUCUCUCCUGGCGAUUUUAUAAUUCGUGAAGGCCAGAACGGGCGUGAGAUGUACUUUAUUCUCAAAGGGCAGUGUGACGUGUUGAUCAACACCAACAAGACCCUAGCUGCUUCUGGUGGUGCGCCUCCUCCUGGCACCGGGGGCAGUCAGAGCACUACGGCCCCAGCACCAGGUGGCGCGGUAAAGGGUGCAGGAGCAGGCAAGGACGGCAUGAAGUCGCCGCGAAGCUGUGGAGGGGACGUGGAAUCCAAAAAGGCUUCCAAAACCAGUAGUGCGGCAGGAAGCAGCAUACCGAAUCUGGCAUCGAUCAUAGCAGGCACGGGCACAGGCGGGAACAAAACGAUGAGCGCGACGAGCCUGCUGGCCGACGCAGUAGCCGGUCUCACUCGAGGGGCCGUUGGGCAGGGUGGAGGCGGAGGCGGCACCGCAACUAGCCCUACUGGAAAUAGAAGUCCUACUAUCAGCAGAGAAAACGCGAGCGCAGAGUCACUGGAAAGAACCGGGGCAGAGCCAGUACCAGCCGCCUUAGGAACGAACUUGCCUGGCAGCACGGUUACAAAUCUGCAUGGAGAGACGACGCCGCCACGACUUUUCAACGGCACAGCUUCGAUAAACACUCUACUGGGGUCCGCUAACACGACGUGUGGAGUGGCCGGCUCUUCACGAAAUAACGAGGGUUCACCACGCAGCCCUCCUGGCAGUAGCAACGGCGGUGCGUCGCCGGCCGAUCCGCUGUGUCUCGAACAAGACAGCUCCAGUUCGGAGGACGCAGGCGGCGACAGUGGAGCAUCCCCGCGCAGCCAGUCUCCUGGCGGGUCAAAAAAGAGUCGCAAAAAGCUAGUUGUCGUGGCGCAGAAACACGAGGGAGACUACUUUGGUGAGAUCGCGCUCGUCAAGAAGGGCGCGAAGCGCACAGCAUACAUUCGCGCACAAACCUACAGCGUGGUGGAAAAGCUGACAGAUGAAGUCUUCGUAGAUCUAAUUCAAAACAAGCAUCCACUUGCAUAUGAAAAAAUUGUGGCGCGCAUUGCGAAGUUUCACAACAUCCCGCACGAAUCGCCGGUGGCGAAUAGCAGGAAGAGCAGCCGUGCACCGUCGAAGGAUGCGCAGCGCAGAACGGGAGGGUCUAAGUAAAAGUAGUUGAUUACGUACUUCAUCUAACACGUUGUAAGACAUCAUUCUAGUCGUUGCUGCUUGUCAGUCUAUAGAAUACUCUAGCCAGCGUUGAUAAAUAUAAGUAUACGACCCUCUAGUUCUCCUAUUGAGAACAAGCAAAAUUAUAGAGGUCCCAGAUCUGUAUGAGCAUUUAGACUGAUGUUUUUUUCAUUCUGCCAAGCACCACGGCAAGCACACGGGUACUUGUGACUAGGGUUAUUCAAAACGCUGCAAAUCGAAUCAGCGUAGAGGUUACUCAAAACGUUUCAGAUUCAAUCAGGGUAGAAAAUUUACUAGUCGUAUUUUUUUCUUAAAGUUGUCAAAAUAUGGCGCUCCGCCUAUUCGUUAGUCAGGAUGAUUCGCUAUCGCUGACAUCAUAUAGACACAGACUCUGUUGUGGCAUGCAUAUUAAUCUUUUUUUCGAGUGUUAUUUUGGAUACAAAGUCCGGCUGUAGACACAUUAUCAAUCGGUGGUAGUUAAUUUGAGUGAUACUCACUUCCCAUCUUCGCUAUGCACCUUGUCUACAAAGUUGAGUACAGUAAGUCAAUCUAUUGUCGCUCAGUCACGCGAUGUCAGCAAGUUGCUUCUUUUUUGUUACCACAGUCAUGCACUCAAGUGAACAUGGGAUACAAAGACUUGCUAGUGCGGGAUAAUAUUAUCAACUUAGGUUUGGUGUGUGCAAGUCUGCACGCAUGCAGCAAGUGGUACACGACCCACUAGCGUCGCAAAAUAUAUGUAAAAUUGAUUUUUCCCACGAUCAAGUAAUUCUGCUUUUUUUGCAUCAAUUGUCAAUCGUACCCACUUCGGCUUGUCACGCGCUUUGGUAGUUGUUACAGAGCAUUAAAUUGCAGCCACCCAUAAGAAUGUAUGAGCAGCCAGCCAAGGGGGAGCGUUACCGAGCUUGGUGAAUCUGACGCAUGUUGAUGUAGCUCUGGUGCGUUAACGCUCUUUGCAUUCUGUGCUACUAUGCACGAAUCAGGUUAAUCCGGCAUCUUGCAAUGAAAUGAACAGAGUAAGUACUAGAAUCACACGGUCUGCGCAUAUCUUGCUAAUGCGGGAUCUACUUCAGCGAAG